AUGGAGACACAGGAGGCUCCAGUUUCUCCUGUAUAUGCUGUGUAUUUCCCUGCCGAUCUUGCAAAAUCACCCCUAGAGUCGUUUCAUUUUCUAGGCGCUCGCUUCAAUCGCUUCGGUACACCUAAAGAAGCUAUGGAUUUUUUUGCCUCUGGAGAAAUUCGAGCCCCACAGGAAACUACUACACCAGUGAUUCCUUCCGAACCGAUUAUUCCAUUUCCGUCUGUGAGUCGAUAUCAGAUGAACGAUCUCAAAAAAGCCAUCGAAAAAGGGACAGUAGAGGCUGUGAGUGAUCUUAUCGACUCGAAUCCUCGAUUUCUUGUCAACACGAGUGGUGACACGGCAGCUAUAGUAAUGGAAGGCUUUCGGUUCAAUGCCUUACACAUCGCAGCUCGUCAUGGAAAAGCUGGUGUAGUGGAAAAAAUUCUCCAACUGAUUGGCGACAAAAGAUUUCUGGCGGUUGUCUAUGGAACAAAUGAAGAUGAUGCGCAAGAUGGGCAGAUAGCAUUGGAUGUCGUGUGCUCCAGAUAUGCUGGAGACGAUAGGCGAAAGCGUAAGGAGGAAAUUGAACUGCUGAUUGGUGGUUUCUUUGUUGCCGUAUAUCGCUCAACGGACAACACAUUGUCGCCAAAAAUAGUGGUCUCGGAAGAUUUCCCGAAAUUCACACUUUCUAAUGAUGAGACUGGGCUUUCCCUGCCCUUGUUAUGGGAGUUCAAACUAACGGGAUGUGCUGGCCCAUUUGGCUCUGAGAAAAAGGCUACAGAAUUCCUGAAUAAUUGGGUUGGAUUUGACAAACACAUAAAGCUUUCAGACAAUGAUAAGGGAUAUGAACGAGUUGGACGUGAGCUUAGUGAGAAAUCAAAUGUGAAAUGGGUAGAGUCAUGGUGUUUUCUCGAUCGAAUGGUGGAUUUACGUUCUGAAGAGGGAUUAACGCUGCUUAAUUGCUAUCUCAGCAAUUUGAAACAAAAGAAUUUUUUUUCUCGUUGCCAGUCUAAUGGUCUAGAAAGACGGCUGUCGUUUGAGGACAGUGAUGAUCAACGGGACCAAUUGGUCAGUGGUAGCAUACAGGAUUACGGUGAAAAUGAAUUCAAAGAUGCCUUGGAAUUUGUUGAUGAGGCUGAUGAGAUUUUCAACGGUUCUCUUGCUGGACUAUCUGUGCAAUUUGGCGCAUUAUCACUCCAUUCACCAUCGGCUAUGCCGUUGUGUGCUGAGUGCGUUCUAGAUGAUCUGGAAGAUUUUUUCACACCACCAUCUACACCACCUGUAGUUUUUCUGCUCGAUAACCCAACAAAGGUGGAUAAUGAUGUGAUGACUGCAUUAUCUGGCCUUCCACAAGAAAAGGUGUGA